AUGGGAAGGCGUGGGAUCUCAUGGAGGUUGGGAGCCGGCUGCUUUCUGGCCCUGACCUUCGUGCUUGGCUUGGCGGCUUGUGGCCCGCCUUGGUGGAGGAAGGGCCGGCCGAGGACCAAGCCCCGCAGCCACGCAGAGGUGGAGCUUCUGUCGCGUUUGGCAGAGCUGCUGAUGCCAUGCCUUCCCAUAGGCGAGCUCUUCCGAGACUUUACCGUGGAGCCGUCGCUGGCGGAUUCGUGUUUGCUGAGCCCGGGCAUCGCUGUGUUCGGCGUGCUGCAAAACGAUGGUGCAGCUCUAUUCGUUGAAUACGAUGGCAGCGAUCAGGGCACGGAUGGGCCGGGUUGCAAUUCGACAAAGCAACACAAGACAAAAGCUCUGCUCCGCUAUGCACCCGAGGGCUCGUGCGUGCUGCGAAUAGGCCAUGCCACAGGAAAUCGGAGAAGCCAGGGACCCUCGGUGGAUGUGAUCGUGAAUACGUGGCGUGACGGGCAUGAGCCGUCACUGAUGAAAGCUGUUAGCCAAAGCGUCUGGGCCCUUCUCAGUAAUUGCGACAUCGAGCUUCGAGAGGACGUGUCUCAGCGUCUCCAUACCUUCCAGGUCACCGAGCCGAAACCAAGAUUCAACAAGGCGCGCACGUUUGUGAGCAAGGCGGAGCUUACUAGAGACGUUGAGACGAAGAGGGCUGACGUGAUCGCGUUCCUGGCACGGGAUUUGAAUUUCUCAAGCACCCACAUCGAGACCUUGGGGAGCAAGUUUCCCGGGAUCUGGGGUUUGAGUGUAGAGGGCGUUCUGAAGCCCACUUCAGCCUGGUUGCAACGUGUUGGGCUGAGCCGACCGCAGGUGGCCAGGGUCGUGGCUAGGUUUCCCCAAGUCAUGGGCUACAGCAUCGAGAACGACCUUAUGCCCAAAGUAGUGUGGCUGGAAGAUGUUGGGCUGAGCCGGAAGCAGGUCGCCAAAGUCAUUGCUGUCUUUCCUCUUGUCUUGCGCUACAGCAUCGAGGCCAAUCUGAAGUGCAAAGUCACCUGGCUCGAGCGUGUGGGGCUGAACCGCAAGCAGGUGAUCAAAGUCGUUUCUGACCUUCCGCAGUUGUUCGGCUGCGGCAUCGAAGCGAAGCUGAAACCCACUGCGGCCUGGCUCGAGGAUCUUGGGCUGAGCAGAAAGCAGGUCGCCAAAGCCAUCUCGACUUUUCCACAGAUCUUGAGUUGCAGCGUCGAGGGCAAGCUGAAACCAGCUGUGGCCUGGCUUCAGCAGGUUGGGUUGAGCCGAGAACAUGUGGCCAAGGUAGUAGCUACAUAUCCUUAUGCAUUGGCCUACAGUUUGGAGGCUAGAUUGAAGCGCACAACGGCGUGGCUCGAGGAUGUUGGGCUGGACCCGCAGCAGGUGGCCAAAGUUCUGGCCUGUCAUCCUCCAGUGUUAGGGUACAGUGUCGAGGCGAAUCUGAAACACACGGUGGCCUGGCUCAAGGAAUCUGGGCUGAGUCGUCAACAGGUGACCAAAGUUGUUGCCGGUUUUCCGCCAAUCUUGGGCUAUAGCAUUGAAGGCAAUCUGAAGCCAACGCUGGCCUGGUUGGGAGACGUCGGGUUAAGUGGGCUGCAGGUGGCCAAGGUGGUUGCUCGCUUGCCUCAGGUACUUGGAUACAGUAUUGAUACCAAGCUGAAUCCCACCGUGAUGUGGCUACGGAACAUCGGGUUGACUCAAUCUCAGGUGGCUAGAGUCAUCGCAACUUUCCCCCAAGUGCUCAGCCUCAGCAUUCAGAACAAUCUAUCACACAAGCAUGUGCUGCUGCUGGAGCACCUCUCGCCUGACGAAGUCUGCGAUAUGAUCUUAUCUCUCCCAGCGCUACUGGGCUGCAGCUAUUCUCGGCUGGAGCACCGCCUGCAUGUACUGCGGAAGCAUGACGCCUUGCGGAAGCUGCCGAAGCUCAUGACCCUGACGAAUGCUGAAUUUGACAGGAGAUUUCCCUCUUGA